AUGACUGAUAAUCUUGAUAAUAUAAUAGAAGUUGAAAAACAAAAUAUUAUUACUACUUAUAAUGAAAGUAGUGGUAGUGGUAAAAAAAAAGAUCAAUAUUAUAUUGCAAUUAGCAAUGAUGGAGAAUAUAUAGCUAGACUUGAUUGUAAUAAGGAUGAAAAUGAACUUAAUCCAUAUGUAAAACCUUCAGAGGCAAAAUAUCCACAAGAAGAUAAUAGAAAACAAGAACAAACAAAAAAGGAUAAUAGCAAUCAGGAAGAACAAAUAAAAAAGGACAAUAGAAAACUUUUAAUUUGGUCAUUUUCUAUAUCAAAUACGAUUUCUUUUAAUAGUAAACCAACAAUUUUAGUGGCAAUUUCAAGAGUAGUACCAAAUGAUAUGAUUGAUCGUGAUAGACCAAUUAAUCACUUACAUGAUAAACUUAAGGAAUAUAAAGAACUCAAAUUAGAAUAUCAAAAUAUGAAAGAACUUCAUUAUUAUCCUUUGCAUUCACAACCUUCUAGUAGUGUAAUAUUUUAUAUAGAUAUAAGUGAUAUUUAUAAAAAUGAUGAUAAAAGUAACAAUAGCAAUUAUGAGAUUAAGGUAGAUGAAAAUAAAGUAAAUGAAACUUGUUUAACUAGUAAUAUUGGUGGAAUAGUGAGGUUUUUACCAGAAGUUGAAAAAACCAAAACAAGUCUUUUAAUAACAAAUGUAAAAGGAUUUUAUAAAUCUCUUGAUGAUUUAGAUAAACCAAAUAUUUAUUCAAAAUUAAAAACUCAAAAAUAUGGUACCCCUGCUUAUGCAAUUUCAUUAAACAAUCUUUUGCUGGCAUUUACACGUGGAAAUAAUGAUAUUAGAAUUUAUUCUAUGGAAUCAGGUCUUUUUAUUGCCUUAAAAAGUUUGGAUAACAAAGAGGAAGUUUUAUUUCUAGAAUUUAUACAUGAUGAUGAAAGAUUAUUCAUUAUUACACAAAAUGACACCAAUCAUGAAAUCUCAAUAAAAAUUUGGGAUAUUUUUAAUUCUUCUCCUGAAGAUUUUAAAUAUAAAAUUAACAACAAUAUUAUUCCAAAAAAAAUUGAUUGUUUGAAUAUUGCAAGAUCAAAUGGGAUGAUUUUUUUUGUUAAAGAAGAUGGCAAAGUCUUAAAUGUUCUUAAAAAUAUCGAAUUCAAAGAAUUCAAAGUAUUUGAAAAUGAUGAUGACAAUAAUGGAAUAAAAGAAGAAAAAUCAUUUACUGUAUUUAAAAAUUUUAAGAAAGUUGAUAAAUAUUUAAACCAUUGGUAUUAUUGUGCAGAAGAUGAUUCUGAUAAACAUAAAAUAUUUGAUCCUUUUGAAAAACAUGGUGAUCUUGGUGGUCCAAAAACUUUACUAUUAGUAGAUAAUAAGGAAAAAUUGGUUGAUGUUGAUCAAAUUACACCACUAGUAAAUAAUAAGGAACAAUGGUGUCGAUUUGUUACAUUAAAUCUUGAAAAAUUUCAUCACCAAACUCUAGCUAGUGAUUUGAUUUCGUAA